AUGAUUAAUGAUCUUGCGGGCCAGAUGAGAGCAGUCGAUGGGGAACAAAAGAGAGGAGUCGUCAGAGAGUCGGAGACUGCAAUCGACGUGUCGCCGCUGCCGCUGCCGCUGCCGCCACAGUUAAUGAGGAGUGUUUGCGGGAGGCCGGAGGUGCGUGUAGUGCGUCGCGGCACGCGAGGACAGCGAGUGGCCGCUAUGUGGCGCCGCGUGCUGGCCGAGUACGCGCAGGGCACCACACUGCACGGCUUCCGCUACCUGGCGCCCGGGCUGUGCGGACGCGCCGCCAGACUAUGCUGGUUUAUCGCCAUCGCCACAUCGAUAGUUUUCGCGGCGACCGCCAUCUCCGACACGUGGAGGAAGUACCGCGACAGCCCGACGACUACAUCGGUGGUCAGCACCAACUUCCCGCUCUACCAGAUUCCCUUCCCAGGUGUCACUAUCUGCCCAGCCAUCAAAGUGCGCAGGACCGUCGGGGAGAAGUUGCUAAUGAGGCAAGCAGCAAUUCACUUAUUAGAAACAUUUGACUGUUCAGAAAAAUUGCAACAGUAUGAAUGUAUUUGCAGGUUAUUCAAAGCAAGGUACCUGAACUUGUCAGAAGUAGACGACGUGACGCGCCAGAAGCUGUACCACGUGAUGGCGGCGCUGGCGCUGGUGGAGUUCCCCUACUAUUACAUGGUGCCUCUCUCCAUGGAGAAGGCCGGCGACCUCGCGGACAAGCUCAAUGACAUAAACAUCACGCGCUUCAUGAUGCAGACACUGCCGACGAUCGACGACGUGUUCUACGAGUGCUUCUGGCAGGGCCACAUCAACAACUGCUCCAACAUGUUCUUCCUGCAGCGCACCGAAGCCGGCUUCUGCUACGGUUUCAACUCACUCGCCGCGGAGAACACGAGGCAAUGUCCGGCGAUGUCUACGUACAAGGUGCCCACUGGGGCGACCGUGAACCUCGAUCCGUGCCAGAUGCGACGCAACAUCGCUUCAGGCCCCACGACGGGUCUCGAAGUCUUCCUCAAGUCGCUGCCCGAAGAAGAAUCUCUGGGUGAUGGCCAGAGGGACCGGAAUGGGUACAGGGUGUUCCUGCAGCCGGUGACGGAGGUUCCGCAGGCGGGCACGGGCCUGCUGCUGCCGCCCAGCGACGACCACGUGAUGCGCGUCCGGCUGUCCGUCUCGUUCACAGAGAGCAGCCUGCAGGUGGCCUCGCUGGACGUGCCGCAGCGCAGCUGCCUCUUCCCGGACGAGCAGCCGCUGGAGCUCACCAACUCCUACUCGCAGACCUCCUGCCUCACCGACUGCCGGCUCUCCUACAUCAUCUCCAAGUGCAACUGCUCGCCCUACUUCUUCAACCACAUUCAGAGGGACCUGCGCUUCGUGAAGCCGCAGGGGGUGGCCGGCGACGACAGCUCCAAGUUCCUGGACGGCGUGCUGGACUGCUCGCACUGCCUGCCCACGUGCCGCAGCUACUCGUACGUGCAGGAGGUGCGCUACGAGAGCAUUACGCCACGCACGCCCUUCCAGGGCUACAUCGACGUCCACUAUGCAGAUGUCAGCGCCGUCAAGUACGGCGUCGAUCUCGCCUUCGACUCCAUGACUCUCAUAGGUAAGGACUCGGGUAUGAAGAAAUCCACAGCUAAAGUUCACUUUGAAACAGUGGCAUUCUUGAUCGAACUUAACCGGACGACAACACACAACAUAGUUCUACGCACAGAAUGGUACGGUAUAGGUACAGAUAUUGUGAUCUAA